UUCUGCACUACACACGUGUGAUCGUGCUCUCAGUUCAAGACAGAUGCAGGUCUGAGCGUGAGAGCUCAUGAGGUUCCAGUGUUAAAGCUUUCUACCUCAUAUUAUGAACUGAAAUUAUUAUGGCUAAAAUGAUGUUCAGCUGCUUGGUGCUUGUGGGAAUGAUCUGUCUGUGCAGCACAGAGCCUCUAAAACGCCAUAAACGGGCCUGGAUUAUAGACUCGUUUGAUAUUGUGGAGGAACACCCGGGUCCUUUCCCUUAUGAACUGGGGCAGAUUAAACUGGACCGUACCUAUUUAGUGGAGUUCAUGUUAAAAGGAAAUGGUGUGGAUUUAGACCCAAAGGGUGUCCUGUCUAUCGAUCCGCUCACAGGGGUUAUUAAAGUACACAAAAAAGUCGACUAUGAGCAAUACAGCGUUCUGAAGCUGAUCUUCCAAGCGAGAAAUAAGUCCAACUUGGCCAUAGAUACACAACUUGGCAUGGAGGUCAACAUACUGGACAUCAACGACAACCCGCCGGAAUUCAAGAGGGAGGUUUAUGAUGUCACUGUAAACGAAGCAGCAAAACAAGGUAGUUUUAUUGUAGGUGUUUUUGCGACUGAUAAGGAUGCACCAGGAACUCCGAAUUCCACCAUUGAUUACAAAAUAAUUUCUGUCACACCAACAAAUAAAAAUGUGGAAUUCUACAUCCAAGAAAGUAAUGCAAUAUCUUUCAAAGGAUGCUUUGAUUAUGAGAUGGCUAAUAAAUACUAUAUAACAGUUGAAGCAAAGGACCGUGGAGUUGUAAAGUUGUCAAGCACUACAACAAUAAUUGUCAACCUUCAAGAUGGCAACAAUCAUUUACCAGUUAUCACAGGGCAAACGGGUUCAGCUAAAGUGGUGGAAAGGACCAAUGGUACAUCCCCUCUCACAAUACAUACAGCUGAUGCUGACACACGUCCCACUGGUGCAUGGAGGGUCAGAUACUCCAUACAAGGGGAUAAAGGUGGCCACUUUGCCAUUCACACUGAUCCAGACACCAAUGAUGGAAUCCUCACAGUGGUUAAGCCUUUAGACUAUGAAGAAAGCACAGAACAAAAACUCACCAUCUUUGUUGAGAACGAAGAGCCUUAUUUCUCUUGUGAGGUUAAAGAGAGAUCUACAGUUGGGCUCUGGACCGUCGUCACAAAUCCACCAAAUCAGUCCUCUAGGAAUAUUACCAUUGCUGUGGAAGACACCAACGACCCUCCAUUCUUCCCAGAUCCAGUAAGAAAAGUAAUUUUGGAAGAAAAUGGUCCUGUCGGAGUUUUUGUAGACAAAGUGACAGCAGUCGAUCCUGACACUGGACGUCCCCACAAACUGGAGUAUUCUAUUGAACAAGAUCCUGCAGGCUGGUUCAGAGUAGACAAAACCACUGGAGAAAUCUUUGUAAAAGAGUCUUUGGACAGAGAGUCAAUUCAUGUGACCAAUGGGACUUAUAUAGUCACUGUCCUUGUGACAGAGAAGGAUGAACAUCCUCCAAUGACGAGCACUGCUACCAUUCAGAUCCACAUUGAAGACAAAAACGACAACGUCCCUAUUUUAAAGGAGAACAUAGUUUCUAUCUGUCAGUCUGAUGAAGUGUCAGGUGCAGACAUCACAGCCUAUGACCUUGAUGGAGAUCCGUACAGCGGUCCGUUCAGUUUUGAAAUUAUGGGAGAUCAUAAAGAAGAAUGGAGCUUUGACCCCAGUCAUGGUUACACAGUGCAUUUGGUGAAGGGUAAAAGUGUUCAUGCCAGUCUGUACACAUUGAUUUUGAAAGUCUCUGAUAAACAGGGCAUGUUUGUCCUCCAGAAUCUCUCUGUUGCUACGUGUGAUUGUACAGUUUCACCAAACUGUCUAAUGGAGCGCAACACACAACAAAAAGCGGGAAGUGGCUUGAUGGGAAUUACCAUUCUUGCCGCGCUGAUGAUGUUUGCAUGUCUGUUGCUGUCUCUCACUUGCUCUUGUGGGCCUGUGAAGUCUCUGGUGCAGGUAGACAAUGUCUUAGAAGAUGCCCUUCUGCCUUCUAACAUCGAGAAACUUGGCACUGAUUGUGUGGUCCCGACUAUACUAUUAAAGAAGGCAUCUGUCAGUCAAUCAAAGGAUGCAGCUUUUGUCAUUAAUGGGGUUCAACAGACAACUGACAUUCAGGAGGUAUCCAGCAAAGUUACAGGCACUCACAGACUCCCAGUUCAAAUGGAUGAGUCCUGGUCUAGAGACAGAUCCCAGGGUUAUUCCAGUGAGAAGCAGACAUGGAUGUUGAAACAGUAUCAGAGUGAAAACCGCUACCAGGGUUCGACAUUUAGCAGGAGGAGCUUACAAAGAAGACAGGGUAACUUUUUCAUCAGCCAUUCAACUCUACAAAGUUUGCUCUCUCAGAGAUUGCAUUCAAUACAGUGCCCAGAAAACGAAUUGCUUGAUUACGAACCUCAGCUUUACGCAAAUGAGGACAACUCUGAUAAUUCUGUAGUCCUGGACCCCAUAGACUUGCCUAUGGAUGAGUUUGAUCCUGAGCUGCUCUCAGACCUGGGACCAGCAUUUAAGAAUCUGGCUUCGAUCUGUAACCCAGGGACACUGUCAAAAGCAGAAGCGAUGAAGAAUGGGAUCAGAUAGUCUAGUGAUGAAUAUGAGGAUGAAGAUGUUCCGCCACCUUAUUUAGGACUGGUCAACUGUAAGAAAGAAAUAAAGCAAGAAAGAAAGAAAUGUGGACAUCUUUUUUAAAAAAAAACAUCUUCCAAAGAAAAACUGCACUGUUUAAAUUGGGAUUAGUAUAUUUUUGUUCAUAAUGGUUGUUAUGCCUUAAAUAGGUUGGUAUGAUAGCAUUGUUUCUUUCGUAAUUUUUAUGAAAAAAUGGCAAUUAUUCAAACAUGCCAGCAUUAACACAUUCAGUCAGUCAGAGAUUUAUCAAAAUGAAUCAAUUUUCCACUAAUGCAAAUGGUCUCAUAUCCUACCAAUGGCAAGUGAAAUUCCCACUUUGAGUUUUAUUUUGAGAUAUAUUUCAAAUGCUAUAUUCAGUAAUGCACCUGGUAUUACUACCUCCGUUUUAGAAACUGAAAUCAUCUGUAUUUCAUUCAUGUUUACAUACCUUAGAACAGUUUAUGCAGGUAAAACAUUGUACUCAGGGCUACACAGAAUUAUAUCUUCAUUCAUCUUUUCUUAACUGUACUGCCUGUUUUGUGAGAGGAUUGCAUACCAUAACAUUAGAUAUUUAAAUGCCUUUUUUAUACUUACACAGUUAAAAUGUGGAGGGAAAAAUCUAUAAAAAAAGAUUAUUAUUGUGUUUGACCCAAUCCUUGAAGUGAAAAAAACAAAAACAAACAUGGUGGUAUACAUAUAUAAUUUUUUGUCUUACCUUAUUUUCUUAAUUAAAAUGUUUGUUAAGGGAAUGUUUUCUUUUGAGAUCUCCAUAACUGCACAACUGUCAUACACUGUCAUGCCAUUCCAGCUGUCAUGAAUUCUUUUAAUUUGUAAAAAUAAAGAUAAUUUUUCAUGACCAUA